AAGAAGUUAUCUUCCAUUCUAAUUUCCAUGCAAAUAUCUAUUUGCUAAAUUAAUUGUACGUUAAAGCAUCUAAUAUAUGUAUAUGUGUAAUACAUAUGUAAACAUUAUUAUCUCGGAAUAUUUUUUGAAAAAUUUGUCUAUCUCUGUAUGUCAACAAUAUGAAAAUACUAUGAUUCAAAAUCAUAGUGAAUACCUACAAUUUAGUAGAGGACGAAUCGAUAGAUUUAAUCAUCUUUGAAUUGUUUCUUUUUACUUCACGUUCCAAGUCGAUAUGAAUAAAAAGUAGGCGGUACGGUUGCACUCGACGCAGUACCUCUUGAUACGUUUUCACGUCAAGAAUCUCGUAUUUACAAUUGAUCAGGAAACCUGAACAAGAGAUGGCAUCCUACGCGGAAGAUUUUUACUACGAAUUCGCAAUCAAAUUGACUCAUGAUGCUGCUCACAUACUCAAAGAAGCCAUCAAUGGUGUAAAGAAAAUCGACGAAAAGUUGGGGAAUUGGGAUUUAGUAACGGAAUAUGAUCGAAAGAUAGAAGAUUUGAUUAUUGGUCAACUAAAAACAAAAUUUCCAGAUCACAAAUUUAUAGGAGAAGAAUCGGUUGGAAAAGAACUUCCAGAGUUGACCAAUGAUCCUACAUGGAUCAUUGAUCCAAUCGACGGCACUACCAAUUUCGUUCAUGCAUUUCCUCAUACGUGCAUUGUAAUCGGUUUGGCGAUUAAAAAAGAAAUGGUGAUCGGUAUUGUUUACAAUCCUAUUCUCGAACAAUUAUUCACAGCGAGAAAAGGUCGUGGGGCAUUUUUAAAUAAUAAACCUAUAAGAGUUUCUAAAGUACAAGAUUUAUCGAAAGCUUUAGUCUGCAUGGAAAGUGGUUUUAUAAAAAUAGAUUAUAUGAGAGAAAAGACUAUAGAAAGAUUACGAACAAUUGUCCAAGAAGUUCAAGGCAUUCGUACACUUGGCGUAGCUGCAUUAUCGUUAUGUUAUAUUGCAAUGGGAAUUGUCGAUGCUUAUUAUAUCGAGGGACCAGGCAUUUCAACGUGGGAUAUCGCCGCAGCAUCAUUGAUCAUUUCAGAAGCGGGUGGUAUCGUUGUCGAUCGUGUAACAGGUGAAAAGAUUGAUAUUAUGAAACCACGUGCAAUUGGAGCAUGUAAUGAAGAAAUCGCGAACAAGAUGGUCAAACUUAUACGUGAAGCUGAUCAAAAAAUAAUAAAAAGUGCCAUCAAUUUAAAUAAAAAUGUAAAAAGUAAAGGAAUUGAUUGGGAUCUUGUUACAGAAUAUGAUCGAAAGAUAGAAAAUGAUUUACAGAAAGAAUUGUUAAACAAAUAUCCGAAUCACAGAUUUAUUGGUGAAGAAACGACUGCAGAAAAAAAUUGUUUACCAAAAUUAACCGAUGAACCAACAUGGAUUAUAGAUCCCAUAGAUGGUACAACAAAUUUUGUUCAUCAGUUUCCACACACGUGCAUUUCUUUAGCAUUAAUAAUAAAUAAAUCAAUAGAAAUUGGAAUAGUCUAUAAUCCUUUAAUGAUGCAAUUUUUUUCUGCAAAAAGACAGAAAGGAGCUUUUUUAAAUGGUCAUCGUAUAAAAACAUCAAAAAUAACAGAUUUAUCUGAAUCAUUGAUAGCAAUGGAACCAUGGAUUGCCAAAAAUCCAAAUUAUUUAGUUAAUAUAUACACUAGAAUGCAUGCUUUAAUUCAAAGAACUCAUGGUAUAAGAUCAUUGGGCACGGCUGCACUUACAUUGUGUUAUGUUGCAAUGGGUGCAAUUGAAGCAUAUCAUGUUGAAAGUAUAGAUGCUUGGGAUGUUGCUGCAGGAAAAUUAAUAAUAGAAGAAGCAGGAGGCACGGUAAUAGAUACUGCAGGUGGAGAAUUAGAUUUAAUAACACCAAGAGUUAUAGCAGCUUGCAAUUAUCAAAUUGCUGAUCAAUUGGUUAAUCUUUUUAAAACCGCUGAUUUAGAAACUGUCAUUAAAAAUAUUUUAAAUAAAUCUUUUUAAGUUACAAAUA